GAGCCUGCUGGCUUGUAGUAUCGAAUAACAGCUCAACCCGCCUUUCCUUGUCGAUUUGCCGUACCAUGAACACAGUAUUCCUACUAAACUAAAUAGAAAAAUUCCACAGAAUGGCUAGUCCUGAAAUAGGGUUUACGCUGUAUGUCAAGGCAUCCACACGAGAUGGGAAGUCUCUUGGUGCUGAUAUUGUAUGCCAUCGUGUUAUGAUGAUGCUAGCUCUCAAAGACAUCGCUGGAAUUUCAGGAAGAAUCUUUCCUGUGGAUACUGUGAGGAAAUCAAAUGUCGAUUUGCAUUUCCCUUACAAGAAUCUACCAACUUUGGUAUUGGAAAUCGAUGGAAAGGACCAGGAUUUCGACGACGCAGCCGAUAUCGAAGAUCGAUUCGAGCGGUCGUUUCAGCCAGUUCUCCGCAGCGAAAAUAAGGCUAUCAACUCCUUUGUUUCCGUCGGUCCUGGCUGUACUAUCUACCACAAGUUUAACCAGUAUAUCAAGAACAAAGACACGGCAGGCGACCCCUUGCUACGUGAACAUCUACUGGCUGAAAUUAAGAAAGUUAACAACUUUCUCCUCUCCGAUAACAUGCCAAAAGAUGAGCAUGGAAACAAGGGAUUUCUGUGCGGAUCUAAGCCUGGUCUACCCGAUUGCUAUUUUUUACCAAAAAUGCACUACAUCUUUGUCACACUAGGGGUCGUUAAAGAGUUUCCAGAGGAAAGUUACCCAGGAAUUGAGGCAUAUCUAGAGCUUGGUCGAAAGCACCCUGCAUUUUCGAGUACAUGCCCUGAGAAACCCGAUAUAAUCCACUUCUUCUGUCGCCAAGCAAAUCUUCCAGAGAGCGUAACGAUGAAGAAAUGUGCUCAAGUCGAGAAGUAGGCCCUCUAUUAACUGUUAUAAGAUUUUAUUUCUGUAAACCUAACCAUUUGUGAUAGAAAAUCAUGUUAUAACAUAUAUAUUCAUAUUCUAGAAGUUGUAUAACGGAUAUCUGGUUUAACUGUGUCAAUAUUAUUCGAUGUUUUGAAAGUAUUGUGAUAUUUCUGCGAAUUCUGCGCAAGCUUUAUUUUAUAGAAUUAAAAAAAGAAUACAUUUGAAAAA